AUGACUGAGGAAAUCAUAAACAAAAAGAUGACUACGACGGGCAGAAGAGACUAUCAUAGAAGGCGACUACUUUUUAAUCAAUACUGUCAAGAUCGCAUCGUUGGCGCUGAUGGAGUAAUCCGAAAACGUGAUAGCGCUGAGGAUUUAUCUGCCAUACACAAAGAUGAUGAAGAAAGUGAAGAGAAAGCUCUUACCCUCGAUGAAUCUUUAGCCACACUCAAAAUUGACGACUUAGUAUAUGACCCUGAACAUUGGAUAAUUGGAUGCCCGACCAAUGGUUACGGAUGGGAUUGCUUCAACGAUCCUGUUUGGAACAAUACUAUUGACAUGUUUAUCUGGGAUGAAGAAGCUAAUAACCAUAUCAACGUUUUCAAGGUGAAAUGGGAAAAGGACGAAUACAAUACUUUCACUUGCUUUCCUCGACUACCUCUCGAGCUCCGCUGCAAGAUAUGGAAAAAUGCUUUCCCUGAUCCCAGAGUCCUAUCUUUCCAGCUUCAACACUACUUCACCAACGAAGAGUCUCUGGAUUUGGUUGAUGUCUCUGUUGCUUUUCAUUGCAGAGAGUUUAUUGGAGAUACAUGCACAUGGGUCUGCUGGGAGUCGCAAAAAGUCUUCCUCGAAAACUACACACAGCUGAUACCGUCAACGGACCCUACCAAAUUCGAAUAUGGUGAUAAACGAGCGGAAAGAGUCGGUUUCUCAUUUUACAUUAAUCCUGAAAUCGAUACACUCAUGUUUGACAUGCAUCGCCACGAGAGAUCCAACAAUAGAUGGUUAGAAAAGUUCAAAUUGCAAUUGGAUCUUUCCAAGGUUCAGCAUCUUGCCCUUGGAUAUAAAUUCAAUCAAUAUCGUCAAGAGGAAAAUGCUGAAGGGGACAUAUGGAGUUAUGUCAAAGUUAAUUUUCCAGGUCUCAGAAACUUUGACUUUAUUUUGGAAGGAACUUCCACGUCAGAAAGACUUCGCAAGCGCACGGGCGGUGAUAUUGAUGUUGGGCAUCAAGGCCUAGCAUGGCUGAAUGACGAGACGCUCGAAGCCUUGUCCUACAACAUUACAACUGUAGGAGAUUCUCGAAAGACUCGGUGUCUAAGAGCCAAGUUAGACAAGUAUCUCGAAGAUGCAAAGGAGCUCAAGACAGAAUACAGUGAAGUCCUACUAGCUGAUCCAGACUACUGGGGCAAAGUAAAUUUCAACAUCGCCCUCUUCACAAUCGAAAUAUUGAAUCGAGGCGAAGAAAUGGUCCUUCUACGGAAGAAUGUCCCCCAUGACACGUUGUUUUUCACCAGCAUACUUCCGUAUCCUCAAGAUAGGGUGGAGUUUUACGAUCUCGAAGAGGAUUUCGCUUGUAAGGAGGACGGGACACUAUACCAUCAAUAUCAAGGUGUCAAGGAGUUAUUCGAAAGCGAAUCAUAA